AUGACAGAUUUUGCAACCGCUAUUUUUAUACCCGCCAGAGAUAAGUUGAGAGAAAAACAAGAUGAAAGAGAAGAGAUCAUAAGAUUAUGUCGUGAUAUAACAAGUUAUUCUAAGAAAGGUAUUUUUUCAUUGCAUAGAGGUAUACUGAAGAAUGAACUAAUUAAAGAAUUGACAAUGUAUCUUAAAAUAUUAAGUAAUCGAUUGAAGAAAAUUCAAGAAAUGUAUCCUAAUAAUAUCCAUUUAAGAGGAACUAUAUCAGGAGCAAUUGAAGAAUUAAUUGAAUUUUUCACCUUUGGAUAUUAUAAAUUCAAUUUUGAACUACUUAAAUAUGAAGAUUUUUUAACUAUGAUGCAAUUGCUUAUUGAAGAAUCGGAAUUUGAAGCAAUAAUUGAAUAUCUAAUAUGGGGUACUGAAUUACCUGAUCCAGAAAAUGUUUCUACAAUUGAAUUUAUUGAUAUUUCAGAUUAUCUUAUGGGGAUUUUUGAUUGCACUGGAGAAAUCAUGAGAUUAUGUAUUCUGCAACUGACUGGUUCUAAAGGGAAUUUCGAAGUGAAUGAUACUUGGCACAAUUAUAAAUUCUUGCAACAAUUAUACGAACAAUACAUUUUAUUGACAGAAUAUUAUCCAGGGAUAUCUAUAAAUAGAGGUGUGUUUGAUAAUGCCCCAAACCUGAAGGGAAACACGUCCUUCAACAAGAAAUUACAAGUAUUUGAAAACUCCAUCAAAAAAAUCGAGGCAACUCUAUUGGAUAUUUUAGUUAGCGACAAAGAAAUAAUAUAA